AUGUCGCUUGUCGGCGCACUUGUCAAGAAGUUCUUGGCGCUGGAAAAGUACUUCGUCAAAGACAAGGGCAGCGUCACCCCACACGCUGGUAAACGCUCGCUCCAUGUUGAACAAGGUGUACUGAACCCCGAGCUGCUUGCGGGGUCCCCGCUUAAGCUCGUUGACAGCUGUGUCAAUUUCGAUGCUGCAGUGAGUUUCAAUGAGGAUCAGCCGAACAGAGUCCAGAGCCACCAUGGGAUCUCGCUGGAGAUUGAAGUUUUGUCAGCGCCUUACCAGGAGGAGCAGGAGGAGAAAGAAGAAGCUUUGCAACGCUGGCGCCGACGCAAGGCUGAGAAGGUGGAAGCGAGAGUUGCGGCAGAGGUGGCCCCAGCGCCAGCGCCUGCAUGGCGGCGGCUGGGGCGGGCCAUGCGCAGCAGGCUCAUCCCGGAGAUGCAGAGCCGCUGGGAGGUGGAUGUGAAGGAGGUGCAGCUCAUACUGCGAACAGAUCGCACCGGACAAGGAAUCACGUUGCGCAUUGCUAAGCUGGCUGUGAAUCGCGACCGCGUGGGUGGAUCAACAGAAGUCAAUCUGGAAGGAAUCACAGCCGAGCUUGUGUCAGUUUCUGGAGGCACCUGGGGCUUCGGCAACACACCUCUGCUCCAGCACUUCGGCCUGACGGCCACACUGGGUGCAGCCAACGUGGAGGCGUCUCCUCGUGAAGAGAACGAGGAUGGCACCCGACUCAACGUGGUCCUCAGCGAGGCCUCCGGGAUGCAGCCCUGCCUGGCCGCCACCCCGGGAGCCGUGCAGGUGGUCAAAGACCUGGUUGAUGCUUACCUCGACGGGGUCGCUGCCGCUACAUCAGCACUGCGUGCUUCAGCAUUGGAAAAGCUUGAGGAAGCUCCGGCAGUCACGCCUGAGGUCUACCAGGAACUGCUGAAACUGGACAACCCCACACGGGAGGAGCGGGCCAAACGCGACUUCAUCGAGGCCGUUGCGACAGUGGCUUGGCUGGCUGAGUGCCAGGUCCGUGCCAAAGCGCUGGCCACCCGCCCAGCAGACGAGGAGAUCAGCUUGGACGCCUUCCUUGAGGAGUCAGAUGAUGUGUCCAAGCCACAGCUCUUCUCACUGAGUCUGGAGGUGCCGUCCGUCGCCGCCUCUUGCACCUCCGUAAAGCGGCCAGACCAGCCCGGCUUGAGCUUGACACUCAAGGGCGCCUCGCUGGCUCUGCGUGGAACCCUUCCAGCGACUUCGGCACCAGAGGCAGAAGGUCUGCCUCAGGAAGUAGUGGUCGACGCGCAGCUCGAGCAUCUGGCGCUGCGCGUCACAACUAUUCAUGGUGACGAGGAACUGGUGGUGCUGUCUGGCGAUGCUGAAAGGUCCUUGGCGGCCGUUGAUGUGUCUGCUCAUGUUCGGCGUCGAGAGGUCUCUACCUGCAGUUGGUCAACGACCUUGCAGUUGAAGCAGGCACCGCUGCGAUUCCUGCUGGCACCACUCCGCCUACGACAUACACUAAGUACCGUUCAGGAUGUGGCUGCUGUCCUGGAGGUUGGUGCAGAGAGACAAAGCCAAGGACAGGCAGGGGAUGCCCACCCGGAAGACCAUGCGGUGUCCAACCGGGAGAAGGAGGGUACAUCAUCUGUCGAUGUGAUGUCGCUAGAACUCGACUUGGACGUGGCGGCACCUGUGCUGCAUUGGCAGGAGCAUCUGGAGGAAGCUUUCAUUCUACGCUUCGGCCGUGUCCGGCUGCGCACUGUAGAGAAUAGCACGGAGCCUCUUCGCGUGCCUGAGCCUGCCGAGUUCCCUGCCGCUGCAGCAAGUGCGACAGCUGCGCCAGCAGCAUGGUGUCUGUUUGAGGAUGCCGGCAUCGUCCUCGGCCAGAGUGAUGUCCUGAUGUUCGGCAAGGUGGCACUGCAACUGCGACGGACUGAGGAGGGCCACUACGAGCUCGCAGCAGGUGUAGGAGGCGAGAAGUCAGAUUCGGGUUGGACAGUUUGUGCCUACGCAGGCAUCGAGGGGUCCCUUCACACUGAGCUGUCCCGGCGAGUGGCCAAGCUUUCCGAGGCAAUGCGAGCAUUGGUCAAGGAAGCUUCGGAAGAUCGCGCCGCCAUCGCUGCGCUCCGCCGCUUUCGCGAGGCGUCACAGCCCAGGAGAUCUCGCUUCUAUUCCGCAUGGGAGAAGCUUGAGAUCUACGGGCCGGCACAGGUGCUGGAUAGAAGCACGGAGGUUUCUGGACAAGUGACCGAGGAUGAAGCACCUUCCACAGCGGUUGCUCCGACACGAGAGGAAGAGGAAGAGGCCUUUGUUGGUUAUGGCAUCCGUGCACCCAGUGUCCCCGCGGUCGUCAGCGCUGUGCUGCACCUUGAGAGUGCCUCGCUGCGAAUUUUCGGGCAACAGCCUCGAGGUACGCACAGCUUCGCCGUUGCGCAUGCUUCGCUGGAAGGAGUCCAGCUGCGCGUGCAGCUUCUCUGCGAGCGACCAGGCGCCACCGCCAGUGCCCUCUACACCUCGUUGCAGCUACAAGCCGCCAGCCUCUCACUUCGCUCCCGACGGCUUCUUACUCCCAGAGCUACGGGCGCUGUUCUGCUUGAAAGCUCUGCCUUGGUGCCGCUGCAGGCAGCGGAACGAGCACCACUUUUCGGCGUGAAGUUGCAGCAGCUGGCAGUACUGUAUCGCCAACGUGACAGUGCUGCGCUCAUCGGCCUCCUGCGUUCUGUCUGGAGACCGCUGCAGGCAGCGAAUGACGUACCGGGCAGUCAGAAGAGGUCUUCGACAUCCUCACUGGAUCAGCAGCAGGUGGCAGAAGCCUUUGGCCUCGAAGCAAAGUCGUCAAAGUGGAAGCGUCCCUUGUUUCGCUGCUGGAUCGGGGCGCCGAAGGUCUUCCUUCCAACGGAUCCAAUCCGGCGCCGCUCUCUGGCCAGUGGGGAGGUCCAGUGCGGUCAUCUUGAGGAGCGCAACGGAGUGGUCGACUUCAACGCGAUGCCUGGCGAGGAGUUCAUCGUCAUCGACUUUGGAUACGUCACCCUCCAGCGAAAUGCCGAAAGCCUCGAGACGCUGGAUGUGAAGCUGUACGAGGUCGACCUUCGCAUGGCCGGCAAAAAGGGCCAACUUGCCUCCGUCCUGCAGUUGCCACCAACUCCGCCGAGGCAACUUGCAGUCCCACCGGAGAACCAGGCUGAUUCCGAUGUGGCCAGCAGAGCUGCUACCAUACGUGUGGAUGCCACGUUGCGUCAGGGCCGGGAUGGGGCACGCCUUGAGGCUUCACUGCAGCCCUCGAGUGGCGAUCAGCUGCAAAUUGUGCUCAGCCGCAGUGAUCUCACGCGCAUACUCGACGUGCUGGCGGAGAACCGUGGCUACGCUGCCGCUGAGGCUGAGGAGGUGGAAGACACUGCCCGGGAGUCCGAGGCCAGCUCGUUUGUCUCGGCCCGUGAGAGCCAGAGCGCCAGGACGCGAAGCCUCGACGCGCUGCCUUCACCAGCUCCGCAGGCUCCGCAGGCGCGCGCUCGCACUCUGGCCACGCUGCGCUCGGCAAGCCAGCUUCCGGAGCUGCGCCCUUGGCCAAACGGGCAAGCAGGUCAAGAAGCCGUCGGCCGGCCAUUCACGUUAGAGUGGUCGAAUCCAGCAGUAUUGCUCAUCCGAGUCCAAUUCACUGACUUGGCUCCUCUGGCUUCGCUCGCUCUCCAAGGGAGCCGGAUCUCUGCCAAACUAGAUCCUGAUCUCCAGCUGAAGGUCUCUUGCCGAUCCUUAGACAUCGAGGACUUGCGUGUGCGAUCCCAGAACGCUGACAAAUCAGUCCUCCGCGGAAGCUCGCUGGUCCUAGCCUGGCAGAGUGAGGCAGGCCAGCAGUCGGCUUUGUCCGUCCGGCUCACCCGAGCCACAGUGCAGGUGCUCCCGAUGCUGUUUGCAGACCUUGCCACGUGGGGCGUCUCGGCCUGGCGGCUUUGUGCUUGGGGACGGUGUGUGGCCCCACUGCCAGAACCCGACAGGCUGCCCUGGGACCUUUCCGAACUGCGCCCGCUUGGCGCCGCCAGCCUGCUGAUCGAGGUCGAGCUGCAAUCAGCAUCGUUCCGGUUGCCAACAGAUUGGGCAGCGCAGCAGGACUACUUUGAGUUCUGCGGCAGCCCGCGAGAGAACGGCGCCGUCUUCUCGGCAUCGCUGCUUAGUUGUGAGGCCGGCCUGGAAUUGACUCGGGUAGCUCUGCAAGACUGCAAAGUGCAACGAUGCGCCGCAGAAGUCCCGAGCGCCGUGCUGUGCAGUGACUUCGGCCUCCGCACUGCUGGCCGAACCUGGGCAUUGCCACCGCGCAGUGGACUGAUCCUGAGGCCGGUCGAGUUGCAACCCUUUGACCUGCGCAUUUCGACCAAAGACACCGGUGCUCUGCUCGCGGCCGCCGGCUCCCUUGCCAGUGCUGAAGCAAGCAGCUCCGAGCCCGUCGAGGAACUGCUCCUCCGCGACCCUCAUGCGCCAACGGCCACCUCGGCCUGGUGCUUGGACUUGGACGGCAAAGUUGGCAACGCCCGAGAUUCUUCGAAGCACGCCAUCGACCUGCAGAUCCUGGAUUACCGACAGCCGGGAAAGCUGCUUGAUGUGCGUCUGAGUUUGCCAUCCAUUCAUGCGGAGAUUCGGACAGCAACUGGCCAAGCUUCGACAGUGUUGCUCCGUGCCGAGAUGCUGGAGCUGGAGGUGGAGUCCUACAACCGCACCCUUCGCGUCAUGGAACCGGUCGUGCUUCCCAUUCGCUUGGAUGCUGAAUACAAGGUGGCCAGUACAUCCUCCUUCCGCGUGACCUCCAGGGAGAAGCUCCAUUUGGUUAUCACGCCGACUUUCAUUCGCCUCGUGAUGCAACUUCAAGAAGAGCUGGCAGCAGACGGGGCUGUGCCACAGCAGAAGUCCGCAUACUUGCCGCUACUUACAGGAUUGAACCUCACUGGUGCAGCCUGCGAGGUCGUGGCUGGAUCCACACGUAUCAAGCUUCCCGCAGCACGCGAGAUGCCGCUCGACGUGCUUCUCGCGGAGGACAACGCGGAGCUGCGAAGUCUUGGAGACCCAGCGCCACCAUUGAGGCUUCCUCUGAGCCGGCGUCUAAACACAUCCUUCCUGGCAGAGCCCCGAUCCUGGCAGUGCGGCGAUGCCGAGCUGAUCGCCCAGUUGGGCCCAAACCCCGCUGCGGCGAUGGGGCAACGACUCCUCGUCACUUCCAGGGUUUGCUUUGCCAACCUGACGGAUGUGGCGCUUCAAUGGCGCUUGCUCAGGCCACGCUCAUACGGCAUGGACUCAUCGACUGCGGAGCUGCUCCAGGUCACGCAGCCACUGCCGGUGGCGGCCUCGUGCCUGGGCUUCCCUGCUGAGGGCAGCGGCAAGGAGCCAGGCUGCGGCCCGGACUGCCUCGGAGCAAGGCAAGCAGUAUCUCUUCCGCCGUCGGCGUUGUCUGCGCCAGCAUCUGGCUCGAUGCCGUUGGCUCUUCUGCAGGUCCGGCCGGCAAGCCCCGCAGGGGCUUCACCCGCCGAGAUUUUCAGCUGGAGCGAACCUGUUCCGGUCUUCCACCGUCGGGCCACCGAGCCCAUCGUGCCAGGGCGUCGAAGGAGCACACGAAGCAGCGUUGCCAGCGCAGAAUCUGCCGAUGGGGACCAGUUCCGGCGGUGCCAGAACGCCUCAGGGAGCUGUCCGUUGAGAUUCCGCAUCGUCGAGGACGGCGGUCGGCAAACACUCUGCGCAGAGGCGCCACUCCGGCUCCGCAACGCCUGCCCCGUGCCGCUGUUAGCGACUUUCGAGCCAGAGCUUCACCGUGAGGAGCUGGAGACCAUCCCAGCAGGAGCUGUGCGGGUUGGGGCCCUGGCAAAAGUGUUCGACGGCCUGGGCGGCUUCAUCGCUGUAGCGAUCGCUGCUGCCACUGCGGAUGAAGAGCUGAGCGGGGGUGGCGCCGAGCUCUGUCCAGUUCGUUCAGAUUUGAAUGGCUUUCUGUGGUGGGAGCUGGAUGGCUCACUCCGCCACGUUGCCAUACCCCAGGGCACCAACGCCGUGGAGCUGCGACGGACACAGGCAGGCCUCGCCUUCCGCUGCCUCCGAGCAGCAGCGCUGCCCGGCCGAGGCUGCCAGGUGCUGCAGCUUGAUCCCCGGGAGCCGCUCCCGAUCUUCGAGCUGCCAAUGGCUCCGACCAGGCUCUCAGUCGCCUUGCCUGGCGGCAGCGGGCGAUCCGAAUGGAGCCUGCCGCUGCGCUUGCCGUCCGUGUCGCAGCGAGGCGAUUUGCCAGUGCAGCACUGGGCUUCGUCAUCUUUCGAGGUUUUGUCGUGUCACCUACCAGCCGAAGAAGUCUUGGAGGUGCGCUGGGCGCGUGCCAUCUUCCCGCUCUUUGCACGCCGGAGCGAAGUCCCUCAAACGGAAGUGGUGAUCGGCGCUCGACGCUGGUUUGUCAAUAGCUCAAGUUUGCCGAUCCAGCUCGUACUCGCGGAUGGAUCGGCGCUGCCACAUCUAGCCUCGGAAGGUGCUACGCUUCUGGCUCAUCCCCUUCAAGAGGUGGAUGCUGCAGAGGCACAAAGCUGCAUGCAAAGGAUCUGCGGCUGCUUCCGUGGAUCUUCAGAUCCAGAUCUCAGCUCCACCAUCUCCGUGGCCUGUGGUCGUGAUUGUGUCCAAGUCCAGCUGCCAGGUGUUGGCGGCUUUGAAGAUGUUUCCUUCCCAAGCGGAGAGGAGUGCGUCCUCCGCGAAGAGAGUCUUUCCCUUGCCAUGACAUUCGGGCUCGAUUGCAGCCUGAUCUCUCUGGCUCCAUCGUUAGUCAUCUACAACUGCUCGUCGGAGCAGGUUGGUUUCUUGUGGUGUGGGCAGGUGCCUGCCCAAGCCGAGUGGCUCAGCGCGGGCCAGUGCAAAGCGCUGCGGGUGCCCGCAGAGCUCAGUGAAGAGAGCAGCAGAAGCUUGCUGCUCCCCGUGGCCAGGGACGCCGCGCCAGAGCGGCCAAAGUUGCAGGUCCUGGUCAAGUCAGUUCGCGAUGAGCUUCUGAUUUCCCCCCCCUUCGCCGUUGACCGGGCCGCUGCAGGCUGCAGUGCAGCCCUGGCGCUGCCCUCCUCCGGUCGUCCCGAGCUCCGCCGGGUGGCUGUAGACGAGGCCUUCGGGGCCGUGGCAGUCUCCGUGUUUGGUCGGGAGCGCUGCCAUCAGCUGACAUGCGAGGAGGGGCUGGAGGCUUAUGUCGACACGGCCCCGUCCGAUGUUGCACGCAGUGGCGCCAGCAUCUUCUUUGGGGUGGCAGAGCCAUUUGACAGCUCGCCCUCUGUUGUGCUGGUGUUGCAGCGACCAGGGCCUGGCAUAGCUCGCAUUACCGUCGCUCUGAGCCGGAACAACACGCAGGCCAUUCCGGCCACUUCGUCGCUGGGCGUGCCCGCACGAGUGGACGUUAGCAUCAAGGAACGUGUUGCGACGGUUUCCGUGACCUUGGGCCAUGGACGUGUGGACGAGGAGGCCGCGGAGUCGGAGAUGUGCCAUGACCUGCAGCUUGGCGGCCUGACAUUGUCCCUGGCAGAGUCACCAGGCCCGCAGGAGGGUCCUAUGAUGGGUUUCAGCCCCGAGACGAUCUCCGUCGCCUUGGACGGAUUUCAGGUGCGAUUACGACGGUUCGCGAACGACAGCGAAGAGUUCAAAAUCCGCAUUGACGCCGUGCAAGUGGACCUGCGCCCAAAGAAGGCGCGGGACCUGGAGGCCCGGGUGCUCCUGGCCUCGCUGCCACGGCGGCCGUUCCUUCGCUGGAGCUCCUUGCGCCGUGCGCGCAGCGACCCUGCCGAGUGGCGCAUGGGCCUUUGCCGUUUGGACUUGGGUCCGGCGGAGGUUACCGUGACAGAAGCUGUCUGGCAGGAGGUCGGCCGUUUCCUGGACCUGGCUGCCUCUGCCCCCAGGGGGCUGGACCAGCAGGCAUUUUCGGCGCGCAUGGACAAGGAGCUGCCAACCUCGCCGCCGAAGAGCGGACAGCGCUUACAACUCGAGCAGCUCAGCGUCGAGGCAGUGAGCCUCAAAGUUUGGUGCUCGCUCUACCUGCCCGAGGCAACGUUCCUCCCUGCAGCCCUGCGCUCGGCCGUGGAGUUCUGGGGCCUGGGCACUGAGACAUUGGUGGUUGAGGGAGCAAAGGUACGCGUUGCUGCACAACCCUGGCUCGUUGGAAGAGGUGGGCGUCAGCUUGUGGGGUCGGUGUCUUCCGUCCUGGACAGCUUGUCUCGCGCCUACUUGCCACAGGUGAGAAGCUCAAUAUUCUCUCUUGUCGCCAAUUCCAACGCUGCCCUCGGUGGUCUCCUUGGCCUGCGCUGGUGGCGCCGGCUUUUCGGCUGUGCCCGGCGUCAGACAAUCCGCAGCGUGCGCCCUGAGCUGUGCGCCCUGGGAGUGGACGGUGCCGUUCGCGCGUCCGCUGCUCGGGGCGAAGGCUCCUGGGUGUCGCAGGUGGACAGCAAUCUGGCUGCGAGGCAGGCAGAGCCAGCGGGCGGCCGUUGGGCAAGGUGUCUUCGACGAUGCUGUCCCCGCCGAGUGUGGAAUCCAUGA